UCCCUUAUUCCAAAGAUGAAGAUGAUUCACAAUAUUAUUCUAUUCCUUUGUGCUCUUCUUUUAUAUACCACUUGUGUUUCUUCUUCUUCUUCUGUCAAAGAUUUCUGUGUUGCAGACUUAACACUUCCAAACAACCCUUCAGGCUAUCCAUGCAAAUCAGCAUCAGUUGUAACAGUGAAUGACUUUGUAUUCUCUAACUUUGUACCUGGAAAUACAAUAACACCUUUUAAUGUUGAAGCAACAUUUGCAUCUGUAACUAACUUCCCAGGUGUCAAUGGACUUGGUAUCUCUGCAGCAAGAGUAGACAUGAAUAUGAAUGAAUCUGUUCCAAUGCACACACAUUCUGAUGCAACUGAAUUACUAUUCAUGAUUCAAGCUCAAUUGAUUUCUGGAUUUAUCACACCAACAGAUGUUUUUGUGAAAACAAUUAGUCCUGGUGAUGUUAUGGUAUUUCCACAAGGACUAUUGCAUUUUCAAGUUAACUCUGGACCUGGAAAAGCUAUUGCUUUUUCUGCUUAUACUAGCUCAAAUCCUAGCUUGCAAAUACUUGAUGAUCUAUUGUUUAGCAACAACUUAUCAACUUCCUUAAUUUCACAAACUACUUUUCUUGAUUCUUCACAAAUUAGGAAGCUUAAGGCUCUGUUUGGUGGCACUGUAUUCUUUUGUGCUCUUCUCUCAUAUACCUCUUAUGUUUCUUCUUCUUCUUCUUCUGUCAAAGAUUUCUGUGUUGCAGACUUAACCCUUCCAAACAACCCUUCAGGCUAUCCAUGCAAAUCACCAUCACUUGUAACAGUAAAUGACUUUGUGUUCUCUAACUUUGUACCUGGAAAGACAAUAACACCAUUUAAUUUUGCAUUAACAAUUGCAUCUGUCACUAACUUUCCAGGUAUCAAUGGACUUGGUAUCUCUGCAGCAAGACUUGACAUGAAUAUAAAUGGAACUGUUCCAAUGCAUAUACAUCCUGAUGCAACUGAAUUACUAUUCAUGAUUCAAGGUCAAAUAACUACUGGAUUUAUAACACCAACAGAUGUUUUUGUGAAAACAAUUAGUCCUGGUGAUGUUAUGGUUUAUCCACAAGGACUGUUGCAUUUUGUAGUUAACUCUGGACCUGAAAAAGCUAUUGCUUUUAUUGCUUAUACUAGCUCAAAUCCUAACUUGCAUAUACUUGAUCAUUUAUUGUUUGCCAACAACUUAUCAACUUCCUUAAUUUCACAAACUACUUUCCUUGAUUCUUCACAAAUUGGAAAGCUUAAGGCUCAAUUUGGUGGCACUGGCUAGGAUUGCUUACUAUGAAUACGCUUCUACGUUUGUUCCAAAUUAUGUUAUGUAAGCAAUAAAAAUGUUUAAGUAGAAGGCUCAAUGUGUGUGUGUGUGUGUGUGUUUUUUAUAAUGUCAAUUUUUAUUUUUGAAAUUGCAAGAGGAUAUGGUUGAAAGUA